AUUAUACGAUGAUCCUCUAACGACGCAAUUCGUGUGACGGCCAUACAAGUAAAAAUAAUACACCAUUUACUAUACAGUAUUCACACUGCUUUAAUCACGUUACAAACUAUAAAAGUGGUUCCAUGGGCCCAGUGUCACCUUUAACAACAUUGUUUAACGUAUACACAAUAUAAAAUAAGAUACUUAUUUCUUAAGAUAUCUCUACCGGCUUGAUGUAGGUUUCAACAGUGUGUAACUUAAUAAAUAAUAAGUUAGUUAUAAACUAUCUGACUAUUGAAUACCACAAUCUUAAUUAACCAAGUGAGAAAAGAUUGACGAUUAUUCCUUUAGCAUAAACUAAUAGAAAAUACUGUGGUCUAUCCUCGUCUUUUUAUAGUCGGGCAACACUCAACAUGUGAAUUUGUAUGACUGAGACUCUGUGACCAAACUGUGACUUUGUGAUUGAAUGAACAUGACGUAAACAAAAUAAUAUACUACGAAAUCUGUAUCAUAACUUGAUUAAUCUAGGGCAUGCAACAAAGUACAAAACAUACUAGUGUUCAAGAAGUGACUUUUACUACCUUCUCAUCUGUUACGUCGUGUCAUUAUAUUAUUAGCACAAGGGUUCAAUGAAUCUACAGUCAUGGAAAAAGAAGAUAUUUUAUUGGGAUUGGAAAUGGGACGACUUGUAAUAGAACCUGUACAAAUACAAAAGACUAAAAAUAAUGAAAACCCUUUUUUAAGUCUUUUCCAAAAAAGAAGUAUUUUUAAGAGUACUACUACCCAACCUAAAGAAUCAAAAUGUACUUGUUCCUUGCAAAAAAAAGUAAAACAUUCUGGAGUAUACAAAAAGAAACAUAAUAAAAUACUUAAAGAACCAGUAUUGAAAAUAUUAAAAAAUUGUGGUAGUAGCUUUAUAUUGGAUUCAGAGGAUAAUCAGAAACCUACAUUAAAACCAGUAUCAAAUAUUGUAAGGUGUGAUCCUUUAAGUUUAUGCACACUUGUUGAUAACUGCAAUCAGUUAAAAAUAUCCUCCAGUACAAAUGUACAAAAUUUAGAAUGCUCUGGUGAAAGUGAUGAUAGACAAUGGUGGAAGAAUGAAGCCUCAUGUUCUCAAGAAAGUAAGGAACCCAAACCACAGACUAGUAGAUCUGGAAGCUGUUCCCAACAAGCUCUCAACCCGCCCUGUGAUGUUACUAUUGAUGAAUUAGCAAGCUAUUUCGAAACAUUGGUUCACAUACCAAAAAAAAUGUCAUCUAUGGCUGAAAUGAUGUACAUUUAAGCAAUAAAUAUUUAACUACUUCAUAAACCUAAUGCCAAGUCCAAAAGUUUAUUAAUGUUAUAAGUGUACCUAGGAAUUUUUGUAUUACCUAAUUUUUUCCAACUGAAAUCGAUUUUUUAUAUUUUCCUUUAAUUGCAGUGUAUAAAUUUGACUACCUUUUUUUGAAAAAUUAAAUUCUAUUGAUAGGCAAAUGAUGUUAUAGUAUUUAAAAACGUUAAACUACAAAUAUUACUAGGUAAAGACUUUAUAAAUAUAGCAAAUGAUUCUAAUA